AAUCCUCUGAGACCCAAUUCAUUCUCCCUCUUCUACCCUUGGAACCUCUUCCUUCCUGCAAUCCUACUGCAUUUAUGUCCAUUCGGCACCUAAUUGUUCUCACAAAGUUUCACAUUCAGUUAUUCUUCUCCAACCAGAUUUUAUAGCUCCUAAAGGCUGGAAACUAUGUUAUAUUUAUUUUGCAUGCCUUCCCCUCUUCCCUCCACCUAGACAUCCCCUCAAACACAGAAGUACCUGGCAAAUACUUACUCAAUGACUAAAUCCUUUCAGUAUGUCUAUCACUAAAGUAAAAUAUCCUUUCAUCUGAUUCUCCAAGUUCAAAAGUACAUUGAGAAAAGUUAUAUAUCAAAACAUUCAUUCCCAAGUAACACAGAUUUAUCUUUUCUAAAACUUGCAAUCACUGAACCAAACAUCAGUGGCUUCACCAACAAGAAAAAAAGGUGUAAGCACACAAAGAAGGAUCUGUAAUAUAACCACCCUAACACCACUAACUCCACUUCCUUAUGUGCAGGGUUUAUCAUUUUAUGGCUAUUUGUAGUCUAAAUACUGCCAUAUAUAACCUUUCUUAAGAAAGAGAUAUUGGAAGUGGUCCAACAAUCUGAAAUUUGCAAGAUGAAAUUUAACAAGUUGAGGUGAAAUUCAACUUUUAAAGUUACCAUAGCAGACAUUCAAAUGACAUUUCUUAAUUUAAAUUUUAUACAGAAUAAUUCUAUGCAAGCCACAUGAAGUCUAAAAAUUUUAAUCGUGAAUAUCUUGGGACUGUAACAAAGCACAUAGAUAAUGGGAUGAAUCCACCCUGAACAAUACUUGUUUCCUUAGAAAAAAAGGUGGAUCCUAAAUUUUCACACAAUAGUUUAAGAAGGAAUAAACUGAACUUGCAUAACAGCAACAGAUCAAUUCCUAUUUUGCUCCCUAUUUCUCUUGGGUUCUCAUUAAAACCAAAAGCUCUAACUUAUGGAAGAAUUAAAGUAAAGAUAGAGGAGGAAGAGAACAAGGAGUAAUCUGGAAACUAAAGGGGCCAGCAAAAGACAUUCUUACCUAAGAUAACUUUGGAGGUUUUCAAUGUUCCCAAGAAUCAGUUUCUUUUGAGAAAGGUAAUUUUGAAAAGUAUUUUGAAAUUGCUUUCAAGCUAUAGUCUAUAAAACUAACCUGAAACAGAACUCGAAAUGCCUAAGACAUUAACUUUGCUGAGCUCCAUUUCUUGGUAUCCUUCAAGCCCACUGACCCAUUAUCAGCUCAGAGUGCAUUUUCCAACACCUUAUGCUGCAUCAAAAUGAACUUGCUUUUAAGAUACUUCUAUCUUAAUUUCAAUAAGCCUAAUCUUGAUAUUAGAAAAAAACAGAACCACAGGCCUAAAACCAUGGGAUCAAUUCUGCUGGAGAUUGCAUCUUCCUAACAAAAUAAAAUAAAGUUAGCAUUCUAUUUAUAAAAACACCAUUAUUGUUUUUAACCAUAAACACUGCAAUAAGAAGCAUGGUAUGACAGAAGUUUCCAGGUUCUUUCUGACAUGGGCAACACCCAUAUUUUAAUCACAUGACUGAUGAAUGCCCCCUACAUUCAUGCAACCACUGAGAUCCUUUCCCUCUCACUACCAGUCUGGUUCUACCAUAGAAAAUGAUGUAGAGAAGGGUAAAAGACAAGACUUAAAAAAAACAAGGUUAUCUAGAAUAAAAAAGAAAUGUGGAUGGGGACUUAAGGUGGUGAUGGAUGUGUUAAUUAAUUUGAUUGUGACAAUCACUACAUGAUGCAAAUGAAUAUCAAAUAAUCAGGUUGUAUACCUGGAAUAUAGAUAAUAUUUAUUGUUAAUUAAGUGUUUCUUUAAAAUUGUUAAAAAUAAAAAAGAGAAAUAUGGAGGAAAAAUGACCUGUUUGGGAGAAAACAGAUUAAGCCGGGGAUGGAGGAGUUUUGCAAUGUUUACUUCAAUGAAAGAUUGAUCUUAUAUAUGAUCAAUAUUUAACCAGUCAAUAAAUACUUUGUUCUUAUAAAAAUACCAAGUAGAAAAUGUAAAGGCAUCUUCUAUAUAAAACAUUAAAAUAUUUUUUUCUACAUUCACAUAUUUAAAUCAUUUCUAAUUUCUAAGAUUUUCAACUUCAAAUGAGCAGAAGUCAUAAAUUAGAGCCCCGGAAGAUAAAUUUAACAUCCCUUCAAGGCAACCCCAUUUAAACCUUUCUAAACAGAAAAGAAUUCAAAGGUCUUUUUCAGAAAUCCAUCCUAAAGGAUAAAAGCAUUCAGAAAAACUUCCCUGUAUUUACCAUAAAUCCUUCUUGAUGCUUGCUUUAAGUUAAUUUCCCCCUUCUUUUCUUCAGGGAAGAUGGAAAACAGCUGUUCAACGUUCCCUUUCAGGCUACUUUUUUCCUUCCUGACAGGUCCCUACCCUCCUUGGGAGAAAUGUAAACACUGCAGGUGAUUCCAAAAUCCAGUUGGCCCAAGCCUGAUUAUCCCUGGGGUUGGUGAGCCUGCCCCCAUUCAUACCACCUGGAAUGAUAUCAUCAAACUGCAAAGGCCCCAGGAAAAGAUUUUUCCCCAGAAUUUGUGAAAUUCUAGAAAUCCAUUGGAUAUAGUCUGUCCUCACAUAUAUUAAAAUGACAAAGAUAGCACAGCUUCAAGAAUAAAAGUUUAGUCAGAACUGUCUAGAAGGUAAACAAGGUUGUAUUACAGCCGGGUACCUUGGUCUUCACUACUGCUGUACACCGUGUCGGGUAUUGAGCGCACCUUGGCAUAAAAUAUUUUUAAAUGACUUACUGAUUUUUAUCAUGAAAUUCCUGAGUAUUUGUCACUGAGGCAAUUUUCUCAGUGACAGAAACUGUCAUUUCUCAUUUCUAAAAUUGAAAAAUUCUAGAAAUCCCUUUCAGUACCCCAGUCUAAAGGACUACUCUAUAAACAAGCGUCCAUUUCUAGUCAGUUAUUUCUUUAAAUGAGCAAUGUAUAUGGAUUCACGACGUCAUCUGCAGAUUACUGCAUUUUACAAAAAAAAACUUAACACAACACUAAUGUUGCUACCUACUUCAGGAACUGCUAACAAACAUCAUUUUUCUUGCAACAGCCAUUUGACAGCAACAAUAAGGCUGAUAUAUUGCCUUCGUACUUCAUCAAUAAAAACAUUACAGACCCACAAGCUUGGUGAGCCUAUUUCCUUUACAAAUUCCUUUUUAAGAGUUAGGAAAUGCUGAUUCAACUUUGUUGCGGUAUGUUUGUAUGCAUUAAAUGCCUAUUAUUUAGUAGCUAAGUUUGUUAUUGUUAUACAUGAUAAAAAAUGCAAAAGCCCUGACUUAAGCAACAAACACAACUUUAAAACUCUAUGAAUAUUUCAGAUGGAAAGAUUUAAAGGACAGCUUCUUAAACUGACUGUAUACCUAUUCAAUUUCUACUAAAAGAGCAUGAAUGCUAAUUUAAACACACACUGGGGAUUUCUAUAUGAUUAUUCUGCUAUCGUUCGCACUAACAAGAGAGGAGAGAAACUAUUAAGUCUAGAAAUAAAACUCAAAAGGUGGGGGUUGGCAUGCAGACACAUACAUUCAGUUGCCAACUCUGACUCUGUCUUGGACAAAGCAGAUGAACAUAAAUAAUCUACAAUGGAUAUGUCACAUAUAUGUAAUUGAAAGCCAACUGCCUAUAUGUCUUUUGUUAUAUUUUCUCUAACAAGACUACACUUACCUAAUAGGUAUAACUAUUCCCAAAUAUAAAAUGCCAAAGCAAAUUAUGCUUAUUUGUCAGUAUUGUUCACAGCUUCUACAUAUUACCGAAAGGCAAAUUCUGUUCUUUCAGGACUUAUUUACUAACAUUUGAUGACAACACUACCAAAAUCAUGUUUACAAAAUAUUCCAAGGGAGCUGAAGCAAACAGAAGAAAAUCCAGUGAUAAUCAGUACAUGUUAAAUUUCAUAUGUUAUUCUGAAUUAAAGACUGAACAAACUACUCCAUUCAAGAAAUACACAGAUCACCUCAAUAAUCUUUUCUUCUCUUUCCAAAUUAAAAUCAUUCCCUUCUUCUUUGUGAUCUCUAACAGGCUCUCUGAACACUUUUCCUCCAGCAGGUUUAUACUCUUCCGGGCAUCUGAAAGAGGAUCUGGAAUCCACACCCUCAACAGGCUGGAACUUGCCUACACAUGGCAGAAGUAAGCAACACAAUCGGUAAAGGUAAAAAUCCUGAAGCCAGCUAACGAGAACUGAGCAAUCAGCCCAGGGCUUUGCGGGAAUUAGAAGUGGCCCCACAAUGGAAUCCUCAGAAGGCAUGAGAAGAGAUAAAGAGAAGUGGAAGAGGAGGGGGCUGCGGAAAGGGGGUCUGUAAAUAGCCAGUUACAUUAGUCUAGGAAGCACAUAAGCAUUUUAGGGAGCUGACGGUUCAUGGGGAGUAGUGAGUAGUAAAAGGGAUAAUAAAGUAGACAAUAGGAAAAUAAAAUGUUAGAGUCUUUAAUAAUAUGAAUUUGGAGUCACAAAGGAUAAAAGUAGAAUUAAAUGUGUAAUUUAAGUUAAUCUUCUAUUUAAGGUACACCACUAAUGACUUGAAAAUGAAAAACAAGUCUUUUACCUUUAGUAUUUCCAUUUCCAUACCCCUAAAACGAGGGUAAGACACUAACUCUAUAUCACUGUCCAUUUCUACUAUGCUAAAAUAUUAAAAUAUUUGAAUUCUUUGAAAAAAAGUUAAAUGUACUGGGCAAUUUCAAAAUGCAAGAAUUUAUGUAACUGUAUGUUCAGGGAUUUUCCUUUACGGCAAUUAUCUAAAUGCAUAUGAAUUUAUAAGCGAGAGUUUAUUAAUAGUAAUGGUCCCUCUAUCCUAUGCACAAUACCUUCUAUUUCUCUUUCUAGUUUGAUUCUUUUCUGCAAGACUUCAGCAUCAACUAAUCAAGCCACUCUUCUAUACAUAACUAGAAGUUGUGAAACACUAAAGUGAGAUGAUAGAAAUUUGGGAUACAUUUAUUUACCAUACACAUAAAAAAGACUUUGAGGCAGGAUCUUGCUCUGUCGCCCAGGCUGGAGUGCAGUGGUGUGACCAUAGCUCACUGCAGCCUCGAACUCCUGGGCUCAAGUGAUCCUCCCAUCUUAGCCUCCCAAGUAGCUAGGAAGAAAGAUUUUUCUUUAAAGAAAAAUUAUUUCAAUUAAACAUACUAUCCACUUAAUGAACAGUUUAAUUUUUAAAAGCAUAUUUCCUAUUAGAAUGGGGCAUUAGAGUUGAGAAGACUUUGUGAAACAUACAUUCUUCACUAUUGUUAUCAUCAAAUGGUAGCAUCGAUCAGUACACCUCAAGAGUUUGGGAUUUUAAUCUCCACUUCCCAUUCUAAUUCACCAUAUGAAUUUCAUAGGAAAAUCAUUUUCCUUUUCAGUACUCUGGGCUUAUAUAUAACUUGCCUCAUUGCCAUGUUGGGCACCAAGUUGAGGUAUAAGGAAUUUUGCUGUGUCACCCAAACAUUUGCUGGUAAUUUGGUGCUCCCAGAGAGUUUUAUUCUAGCAAUCACUACAGGGGACGAUAACAUAAUCCCAUGAGAAAACCUUAACAUAUUUGCUAUGGUUUGAAUAAUUGCCAUCUCUAAAACUCAUGUUGAAACUUUACCUCCAAUGUGGAUGUGGCAGUAUUGAAAGGUAGGACCUAGAGGUGAUUGGGUCAUGAGCCUCUACCCUCAUGAAUGAUUAAUCCAUUCAUAGAUUAAUAGGUUAAUGGAUUCAUGGGUAAUCACGGGAAUGAGACUGAUAGUUUCAUAGGAAGAGAAACCUGAGCUAGCAUGAACAACUCCCUCACCAUGUGAGGCCCUGGAUCACCUCGGAACUCUGUAGAGUCCUCACUGGCAAGAAAGCCCUCCCCAGAUGCAGCCCCUCAACCUCGGACUUAGGCUCCAUAACUGUAAAAAAUAAAUUCCUUUUCUUCAUAAGCUAUCCAGAUUCAAGUAUUCUGUUAUAAACAAUAGGAAAUGGAGUAAGCAUUUAAGAACUGUCCUAUCCUCUUCUCAGGCACAUUCUUUUAGUAGGGUUAUGUCACUGAAUCUCUUCAAGUGCCCUACCCACUCCUUCAGAAUAGUAAAGAUCCAGCCCCCUCAGAAAACAGAAUAAUAGUAUCCACUAUAAUGAAUUUCCCUCUACCACAGAUUCUGGCUCUCCCCAAAGGCUGCCACAAACACAUCCUAAGUCAAUAACAGUAUUUCUCUUUUUUUAUUUGGGGAAGGGGCAGUGGGGUGGUGAAAAAGGAUAAUAUUUACUAUAUUUAUGAUUCAAGUAUGCUAAUGGUUAUGUAAUAUUAAUAUAUGCUACAACCACAAAAUGCUAGUCUUUUGGGAGUUUCUUCUGAAAAAGGAUCGGAAUCCACACCCUCAACAGACUGGAGCUUGCCUACACAUGGCAGAAGUAAGCAACACAAUCGGUAAAGGUAAAAAUCCUUUGAAAGUUUCAGGUUAUGUAAUAUUUAAUAUAUGCUACAACCACAAAAUGCUAGUCUUUUGGGAGUUCCUUUUUGAAAACAAAGAUUACCAACAUACUAAAACCCAAAUUUAAAUAUUUUUUCUUUUUUUCUCUACAAUUAUUUAUUGAAAUAAUACUAUUGAGUGAAAAUCAUGCAAUUUCUUUCAUGCAACACAGUGUGAUCCAAGAUAAGUGUAAAUAAAUACCAAAAUAUUGUAUCACAAGUAACAUUAGGAAAUGUAUAAAUAUUUUAUUGUUUAAUUGCAAAAUGCACUUUCAUCAGUGAUCUUAAAGCACUUUUUCAGAAAUUAAAAAGAGACUAUAACGAGGCACUGGGAAGCAUCUGCGAAGUUAAGAGCUUUAUCUCAUGGAUGACCACCGGGUCCUCUCAGGGCAGCACUGCCAGAUAUUGAACCGGAGAGCCCAUAAAAUCUCAUUGAAAGGAACUGUAUUAGCUUGUUUCUGAACUAAUUUCGUAAAUACUAAAGCAGAUGUACACACAAACAAACAUUAGUCACUAAGAUGGUCCUGAUCUCACAUAGCAAACCUAGCUGAUGUCUCACCCAGUGCUUUUUCAACAGGUCCCCAAGAUCAGGAGGGACAGCCUCUAUCUAGCAGGAUCGAGAAUGGAACCUAAUAACCCCAUCAUAGCAACUGCCUAUACUGUUAUCAGAGUAUCUCUUGGUCAAAGUUUCUUUUCAGAUGGAGUCUUCUUCUGUUGCUCAGGCUGGAGUGCAGUGGCAUGAUCUUGGCUCACUGCAACCUCCGCUUCCUGGGUUCAAAAGAUUCUUCUGCCUCAGCCUCAAGUAGCUGGGACUACAGGCGCGCGACACCACGCCCAGCUAAUUUUUUUUUAAUUUUUAGUAGAGACAGGGUUUCACCAUAUUGGCCAGGCUGGUCUCGAACUCCUGACCUCGUGAUCCACCUGCCUCGGCCUACCAAAGUACUGGGAUUACAGGCGUGAGCCACCGCACCCGGCCCCUUUUUAUUUUUUUAAUUCCCCUUCACCUGGUGACUGUACUUUCAGUAUUUUUUAAACUGUCAAAAUGUACUUUGUAGGCCAGUGUUUUUAUUUAACUAAAACUUCAUAAAAACUGAUACUGACGUCAUAUACUAGUCAAUGAAAAAUAACUCUUCCCAAGCUCAAACUUGGGAAGUGCUGCUUAUCGAUGUUUCUCAGGUUCUGCAUUAGCAGCUCCAAGAGAGCUAAGGCUGAUCUCAUAUACCUCUGUAUGUAACCUAGGUAACCAGCACUAUCUUGCACUUUUUGCUGAACCCACACAAAGGGAUCACUAGGUGAUGGAGACAUCAAAUUCAAUCUGUUAUCUUCUCCAUUUUUACUAGAACAGACCAUACCUACAUACUUCAAAAAAGAACUUAUAUCUGUAUCGUGACCGUCAAAGGAAGAGGUCACAAUACAGAAAUCUAAGUAUUUGCAUGAAACAAAUACUCAGAUAAUCCUAUAUUUUAUUUUCUUCCAUGCACAUUUUUUGUGAUCCCAUUUAGUAAUAUAGUUAGAAUACUCUAUACAAUAUUGUAUAUCACUAUUUCACAUAGAGAUUAUCAUUGAGAAUUUCUUUUUUUUUUUUUUUUGAGAUGGAGUCUCGCUCUGUCGCCCAGGCUGGAGUGCAGUGACGCAAUCUCGGCUCACUACAAGCUCCGCCUCCUGGGUUCACGCCAUUCUCCUGCCUCAGCCUCCCGAGUAGCUGGGACUACAGGCGCCCGCCACCACGCCCGGCUAAUUUUUUGUAUUUUUAGUAGAGACGGGGUUUCACCGUGUUAGCCAGGAUGGUCUGGAUCUCCUGACCUCGUGAUCCGCCUGCCUCCGCCUCCCAAAGUGCUGGGAUUACAGGCGUGAGCCACUGCGUCCGGCAGAGAAAUUUAAAAACUUGAGGGAAUUACUGAAAGUUUAAAUUCUAUAAUGUGAAAAAUACUGAAAAUAUGUAUAAGUGAGAAGAUCUUUCACGCAUUUAACUAACAAUGCUAAACCAUGACUUUCUAAAACAUGACCAACGAAAAAAUUUUUAAAAAGAACUUUAUUACACGAAGAUUCCUAGAACUAAAAGCGUCAUUGCCUGACCUAAAGAAUUUCAGGUAAAUGAGGUUCACCUCCUGAUUUUAACCAAAGGCUUCGGUUUCCAUCUGAAUGCCAGCCGGCUUAAGAGGAGGCUGCUGUCUUAAAGGAGCAAUAUAAACGAAAAAGUUCUCAGGUCACAAACUUAGCUCAGAUUCCAGCCCCGACAGAUCUUGAGCCCAUGUGGCAUCGCUUUCAGAGCUUCCCAGUCUGUGAGUCAAGCCCCCGCCCCCUCCCCUCCCCGGGACUGCCUCGGGGAUGAGGUUUACUAACAAUUUCUCCGACUGCCGGCGGAGCCCAGGAGCGCUGGGAUCCAGCGUCUGGGAGAGGCUUGGGAAGCUCUUCCUCGGCUUCCGCAGCCGCAAAGUAGGGUUGCCAGCGCCAGGAUCGGCACACACGCCGCCGCCACCUCCCCAGCCCCCAAAUGGCUGGUGUACGGAGGGAAAGGAGGACGCGAGGGUGUGCCACCCAACCCCGCAGAGUGAAGCCGAGGCCCCAAGGACCGUCGAGGAAAUCGCGGCUGGGCCGGCCAGAUCCGACGCACGGAAUGCGAUCUCCAGGUUCUCAUCGUGUUCCCGGCUCGGUGCUCGGCGUUCAAGGGGAUGGGGAGGGGCGAAAAGCUGCCCCUCAAGGCUGCUCCGCCGCCGGGGAAGCCCGUGGCUCAGGCUUCACGCGUCAGGCGCUCUCUCGGAGCCCAGCCGAGCCGGGCCCGGGCGCGCAGCCCGCGGCGCUUCGCUCUCAGCCGGGGACGUGGCUCUCCGCCUCCCGCCCGCGCAGGGACAGCUCCGAAAGCUACCCGCCCGAAACUACCGAAGAAAAUUGCGCUGCGCGCCCCAGCUAGUCCCUUGCGCGCCCCUCCACUUACCGCUCCCAGCCGAGGCUUCGUUCUCUUCGGCGUCGCCUCCGCAGCCUCCAGAGCCAGCUCCCGGUCCUCCUCACUCCAGGGCGCCCGGGCUCCCGGCCCCCUCCGAACCGAGCCCUCCGCGCUCCCGCCGCCCCAUGGGUGCUGGUGGGCGCCGCGCCCCGGGAUGCGCUGCUGCAGCCUCGGGCGGCACUACUGAGAGCCCGGCCGGCGCGGGCGGAGGGGUCCAUACGGUGUUGUUCUGGAUUCCCGUCGUAACUUAAAGGGAAACUUUCACAAUGUCUGGAGCCCCUGAUGUCCUGCAAAUGAAGGAGGAGGAUGUCCUUAAGUUCCUUGCAGCAGGAACCCACUUAGGUGGCACCAAUCUUGACUUCCAGAUGGAACAGUAAAUCUAUAAAAGGAAAAGUGAUGGCAUCUGUAUCAUAAAUCUGAAGAGGACCUGGGAGAAGCUUCUGCUGGCAGCUCAUGCUAUUGUUGCCAUUGAAAACCCUGCUGAUGUCAGUGUUAUGUCCUCCAGGAAUACUUGCCAGAGGGCUGUGCUGAAGUUUGCUGCUGCCACUGGAGCCACUCCAAUUGCUGGCCGCUUCACUCCUGGAACCUUCACUAACCAGAUCCAGGCAGCCUUCCAGGAGCCACGGCUUCUUGUGGUUACUGACCCCAGGGCUGACUACCAGCCUCUCACAGAGGCAUCUUAUGUUAACCUACCUACCAUUGCGCUGUGUAACACAGAUUCUCCUCUGCACUAUGAGGACAUUGCCAUCCCAUGCAACAACAAGGGAGCUCACUCAGUGGGUUAGAUGUGGUGGAUGCUGGCUUGGGAAGUUCUGCGCAUGCGUGGCACCAUUUCCCAUGAACACCCAUGGGAGGUCAUUGCCUGAUCUGUACUUCUACAGAGAUCCUGAAGAGAUUGAAAAAGAAGAGCAGGCUGCUGCUGAAAAGGCAGUGACCAAGGAGGAAUUUCAGUGUGAAUGGACUGCUCCAGCUCCUGAGUUCACUGCUACUCAGCCUGAGGUUGCAGACUGGUCUGAAGGUGUGCAGGUGCCCUGUGUGACUAUUCAGCAGUUCCCUACUGAAGACUGGAGUGCUCAGCCUGCCACAGAAGACUGGUCUGCAGCUCCCACUGCUCAGGCCACUGAAUGGGUAGGAGCAACCACUGACUGGUCUUAAGCUGUUCUUGCAUAGGCUCUUAAGCAACAUGGAAAAAUGGUUGAUGGAAAAUAAACAUCAGUUUCUAAAAAAUAAAAAAUAAAAAAUAAAAUAAAAUAAAAUGUAUUAAAGAACAAUGAGCUAAUGUAAAACAAAGGAGGUCAGAUUGUACUUUGCCAGGAUGUGUCCACUUGUUGCCUUGAUGGAGCUGCAGCUGUAGUUACAGAUCUACUUUUGAGCCUGCUUAAUAUUUGCAUUGUAGACUGGUUGCUCACAAUCUUCCUAGGACUGAUUCUCACCUUUGAGUGUCUGCAAUUUAGUAUUAACAGACUAGUUGAGGUAACAUAUCAAAUUGAGCAGUCCCAUAAUGCUUUUAUUUUACUGACAUGAAAGAAGUUGGUAUAUGUAUUGGAAAAUUCCCUUUUAGACUUCUGAAGUCAUUUAAGCAUGGACAAAGGAAGCUACUCUACUAGGGCAGAAAACAGAAAUUAGGCUAAAUGAGUCCUAGCCAGCAUUAUCCUAAAAGGAAAGGAAAUAGGAGUCUGUGGCCUAACUGGAGCAGAAGGCUUAAAAGUAACAGCUGAAAAACAAUUGGUAAAUAAGUAGUAACCUGAGGCUUUACAGUCUGGUCAUACCUAAACUGCUCAAAUUAGAAAAAUGUGAAGGUUUGAGGAAGGUACACAGAAAUUGUGAGUCUCAUAUAAUGCUGGUGGAAGUAUAAAUUGGUACAAUACUUUGAGAGAGGAUUCGGAGAACAAAUACGUAAUAUCUUUAAAAGGUAUGUAAAUUUGCAUCCAGCAAUUCCACUCAUUAGAAUAUAUAUGCACGUAUGUGUGAAACUGUAUGUAUGCAAAGUUGUUCAACAUGAUGUUGUUUAAAUUAGCAAAAUACUGAAAACAACUCAAGUGUCCAAUAAUAAAAAUGCUUAAA